UGUAAUUAUCAGAUGUUUCAAAUCACUUCAGAACCUCAUAACAGACCACCAAUUUUUUAAUUUUGAGGUACUUUAGAAAGGAUGGACAUAAUUGGAGAAAGAAAAAGGGUGGAAAGACUGAAAGAAGAUCAUGAAGAGUUGAAGGUCCAGGUCUUAUGUAGUCCAGGACUAGAUUGGUAGCUGUUGCAACUCAAAAGUUUGUUGCUGAAGUUGCCAGAGAUGCCCUUUGACUCUACAACGAGAGGACAAAUGUGAAUCAAAAGCUUAAUGUUAAGGCUGUUGACAAACUUUUGGCCCCAUGUGGAUGGUGAGUUGACUAGCCUUGUAGGCACUGUAAAGCAAGACAAGUACAAUUCCAAAAGACAAAAGGGACAAGCAGCAAAAGGCAUCAAGAAAAGGAUGGAGAAAGAUAUCGAUGAAGUUGGAAAGAUUGCUCAUGGUUUCAAAACAAAGAUUGUGGCUAUAAACAGAGAUAACCUAUCUAAUAGACAAAAGCCUGGCUGUGGAAAGGGAACACGUAUUGACCGAGCAAGAAUGAAUAUGACAAAGAUAGAGACACUUGUCGGUAAAGAAUACAUCAGUCAGCGACCAGUUUUGAUUCCAUAUCACAGAGGAGGGAAAAGGUUGCACAUUGGAUUUCAGGAAUUUACAGAAGACAUAGCAAGGGUGAGCUCCUCUUUUUUGUACAGAAGAAUAACAAAAUGCAAACUCAAAUCAAAGUGGGAAAGGCUAUAUACAGUGGUCAAAGUAUUCCCGCAGUAGAGAUCAGAAAAUCAGAACCUGAGAAGACAUUAAAGUCA